CGGCGACGAGGGCGGGGCCUGCGGACGCUGGGAGCCCGACGCUGGGCCGGCUGCCGCUUCACCGCCUCUACCCACAGCACGCCCUCCUCUAGUUCCACCCGCCGGGACAGCUGCGGCCGAAGCGUCCCCUAGGGUCGGACGGGAGCCGAGCCCAUGGCAGCCGUGCUAUCCUACGAGAGCCUGGUCCACGCCGUGGCCGGCGCCGUGGGAAGUGUGACUGCCAUGACGGUGUUUUUCCCUUUGGACACAGCCAGGCUUCGACUUCAGGUUGACGAGAAGCGGAAAUCCAAGACCACACACACAGUGCUGAUGGAGAUCAUUAAAGAGGAAGGCCUCCUGGCACCAUACCGAGGGUGGUUUCCAGUUAUCUCCAGUCUUUGUUGCUCCAAUUUUGUCUAUUUCUACACUUUUAAUAGCCUCAAAGCUGUCUGGGUCAAAGGGCAACAUUCAACAACAGGAAAGGACUUGGUGGUUGGAUUCAUCGCAGGUGUGGUGAACGUGCUGCUGACCACGCCAUUGUGGGUAGUGAACACGCGGCUGAAACUCCAGGGGGCCAAGUUCAGGAAUGAGGACAUUGUGCCCACCAACUACAAGGGCAUCUUGGAUGCUUUCCGCCAAAUCAUGCGAGACGAAGGGAUCAUGGCUCUGUGGAACGGCACACUUCCCUCCCUCCUGCUGGUCUUCAACCCCGCCAUCCAGUUCAUGUUCUACGAAGGACUCAAGAGGCAGCUCUUGAAGAGACGCCUGCAGCUUACUUCUCUGGACGUGUUUAUCAUUGGGGCCAUUGCCAAGGCCAUCGCCACCACAGUCACCUACCCGAUGCAGACAGUGCAGUCCAUUCUGAGGUUUGGACGCCACCGGCUGAACCCCGAGAACCGAACACUAGGAAGCCUUCGGAACGUUCUUUACCUUCUUCACCAGCGAGUGAGGCGUUUUGGAGUGAUGGGACUUUACAAAGGCCUGGAAGCCAAACUGCUGCAGACGGUGCUCACGGCCGCCCUCAUGUUCCUCGUCUACGAGAAGCUGACCGCCGCCACCUUCAAGGUCAUGGGCCUGAGGAAUGGGCACAAGCGCUGAGAGGGGGCCCCGGGGGAAGGGCCCAGGGGAAGGUCGAGGGGUCCUCCUCCAUGGUGGAUGAGAAGACCCUUCUCGGACGCCCGGCUCCGGAAGCAGCCGGGGGCACAUGGCCUGAGGCUGCCGGACUGCUGCCAACUUUUAUCAUGGUUGGUGUAAUUUCUGUGGACCGAAGGUCUCUAAGAAAACUUUAUUAAAGAUCUGCAGAUGUAAACACUCGUCUCUUCCGGGAUUUGGAUGGUUUCUUUAGGGGGCGCCACCGCUGGACCCUAGCCUUCCUUCCUACUUUCUCCUCCAGCUAAGAGGCUGGGCUCAUUCCAUGGCCGUGCCCCUGUCUCUGCCCCCUCCCGGUGUGACGGCGGCCUCCAGCCCCUGCCCCUCGCCCUCUCCUGGAUCCUGUGUUCCAACCCCAUGCUCAUUUCUCUCCUGGGCCCGGCUUCCCCCAGCCCUCUCCCCCCUGGACCUGGGCCCCGGUUGCUGGGGGCUCCCAGAAGAGGGAGCUCCUUCUGCUGUCGGUGUCGGGAGGCUGCCUGGAGGGCUGGGCCAGGAGCUAGCUUACCCCGGCUCCCACGGCUGACCUGUGUGAGACUGGACCCCAGGACUUCCCGGCUCCAGGGCCAGCUCCGUGAGGCGGGAGAGACGUCCUCCUGAGACGGAGCCUUUACCGCGUGCUUUAUGGCAGGGGGAGCCAUCAGAUGGGGCAUAUUUAUAUGGCACUUUAUGAUUUUCCAAUAAAGUCUUGUCAAGACA